AUGACGCUUUACCCAAAUUUGGCAGAGGAAGUUCCCAUCCCUCCUGCAGGAAGAACGAGUAGCCAGAGGAAUGAAACAGAUGAAUCCGAUGAUGUUACUAUAGUUCUUCAAAUACCAGCUGGUUCGGUGGAAGUCACUUUCGUCCGCUCAAAUGCUCCGAUUUCAACUGAUUUUCCAACGAUUUCCAUCGAGGAUUCUUCUCGUGGCCCUCUUCUGAAAUUCGGGAGCUAUGAACUGCUCCUCGAUCAAAACAUCUUCGUGCUCCACUACGACUUGGAAAUGUUCUGUAUCGGCGGCCGACAAGGCCCAAUCGAUGGAACCGACUAUCAUUUGUUAUUGAAGCUCAUUAACCCGACGGAAGAUUUGAUUGUCUCUACUACUUGCAUAUUCAUGAACAAUGCACGCUACAAAUGCUUGUUCUCCGAGGAGCAAAUUGGUACUCAAGCCCAAGAAGCUGCCGACAUUGGGGAUAAAGUUUCGGCUGGGAUUUUAUAUGCUGCGGAUGGUCUCAGUAAAGGAAUUGCUUGGGCAGGAGAUAAGUCGAAAUCUCUGAUGGAAGGAAAGGCCCAAAAAUACGUGGAAACUACUCCUGCUCUUUCCGACCCAAAAGAAAUUUCCCCUGGUUGGAAAAAGACGGCCGAAGUCGCUUCAGUUUCGACAAAAUACGUGGCAAAAGGAACGGGCUACCUGGCAAGUGCCAUUGGCCAAGUAGCGACGUAUGCUGGAGGAAAGAUUGCCGACAAAGUUCAGGAGAAGUACGGACAAAAGGAUGGAAACGGAGAAACCAGCAGCACAUGGAGAAACACGACUAAGAUUCUCGGUGGCGCUUUGGCUGGAUAUGGAAAAGUUUGGGAAGCGUUGGAGCACAGUGGAAAAAAGAUAGCCGUCGCGUCGCGAGAUACAACGGCAAAAGUCGUCACUCACCGAAGCGGAGAAGCGGCGGGAGAAGUGACUUACAACUCGAUGAAUGUUGGAGUGAACUUGACAAAAACCUUCUUCCAUAUUGAAGAUAUGGGUAUGAAGAAAAUUUGCAAAACGGUGGGAAAAUCCGCGGCAAAGAAUUAUCUUCAAAAGCAUCUCGAUGCGAAGCGAAUUAGGGAUCAACAAGUCGGAACGCAAGGCAAUCAACCGAUGGCGAUCAUGCAAUAA